UAGACGCACCUGUGUCGAUGUGUCAGAAAAUUUGAUACUAUAUUGGCUUGUAUAUGACGUUACCUUCAAACAGUGAGAUGUAAUUAUAGGAGUGGCAUUUACGAAUUAAUUGUAAUAGAUAGUAGUGUUGUAGACAGCGUGACCAUUCUAAUUACGGAUGUUUAAAAUUGGAAUAUUCAGUAGCUGUGAAUAUGGAAGUAGAAAAGAAUACCUCAAAACAGGUUGACACUCAACUCUCGACAAGUAAUUCGGCGGAAUUUAAUAACAGCAUUCAAAAAGAUAACGAAAACAUUGAAAAUGUUGAGAAUUCAUUAUCAUCUUUAAAAAAUGUAAUGAUUGAAACCGAAAAACAUGAGGAUACUACUAUAUAUGCUCAACUGGAUGAUCCUGAAAUUUAUGUAAAAGAUGUAGAAGAUAAUCGGAUAUUAACAAACGAAGAAGGCAAAGAAUGUACUGAAAGCGAGGAGAAAGAAUUCUCAGAAAAUGCAACAGUUUCUAGGAACAAUUGUAAGACUGAACAGUUAAACACAAUGCCAGAAAAUUCUACUGAUGGACAUGUAUCCCAACCUCCAUUAGCCUUUACAAUUGAUUUUGGCAAUAAAGAAGUUGAUACAACCAAGUAUCAAAAUUUAUUUGAGAGAUACAAUGCUAGACAUAAAAGAAAUUUAUCCACAUCCAAGGUAGAAAUAAAUACAAAAAAACCUGGUACUUUGGGCUCUUCAAAUUUAAUGCAAAAACAAAAAGUUUCUAGUACACAUUCUGAGGGUUAUUUUAGCAGCGAAGAUGAUACUAAGCGUAAAACAGAUCAGUUGUCAGAGAAACUGAAGCAGCUAGGUUCAAAAUCAUUUUUAAAAUCAUCUAAUGCUUCAAAAAAAUUUGAAUUUACUGUAAAAGCAUCAAAUUUUCAAAAUAAACAAGAUACAAUGACCAGAUCUUUUGAGCAAUCAAAGCAAAAUAAAUUUUCUCACAAAAAUCUGUCCUUAGAACUUGGUAACACAGAAAAGACGAAUACAGCAUCUUACUGGAUUCCACAAAAAUCAGCUACAAUAAAUGAUUUAAGUCGAAUUCAACUAAAUAACUAUGAUGAUGAUACUGAAAAGAUGUAUACAAAGAAUAUUGACACAGCGGAUGAUUAUGAACAUAUGUCUGAUGUCUCAGAAAAAGUUUCCAACGUUAAUUACGGACAACGUAAAAACGUUAACAUAAAAGAACAUAAUUUAUCCAGUGUAAGCUACACAAUGGAAGUAAAUCCAGAUGAUCCAACUGAGACGGAUAUAGAUGUUUUUAAUGUUAGUAAUAUUGAUGGAGGAUCAGAUGGUGCAGUUAGUGAAGCAGGAACAUAUACAAUCCAUAAAGAUUACACUGAUGAAGAAAAAGCAAGAAUGGAUAUUGAUAAAGUAUUCAGUGUAGGCGUUUUAACUGCAGAUGAAAAAAGUGAAGCAUGUAUUCAUAGUUUUAAGAUGUGUGUCUCAAGAGAUAAUAAUACAUGGAUAUCAGAAUGGGCCACGCAAGUUGCAGAACACAAUUCUCUUCCAUCUGGAAUUGAUGGAUCAACUAGUUAUACUCCACCGCUAAGUCCUUCCAAAAUACCAUCCCCUAUUCAUAGUAGAUCUCAAAGACUGGCUCGUAGUCGCUAUGAACAGAAAGAUGGUAAUUUAAAUACAGAAUCAUACCUCAGAAUAAGGGAAAGAAUUGGUUUAAUUUCGAACCAAAAUGUAAUGAUUGAUUCUGGGGGAGAAUCAGAUGAUGAUACCAGUAACAGUUACAAUACACCUCCACAAAGUUCACAACAAACACCAGUGCAUGGUUCUUUAGCAAGAAGAGGAAGCUUGUCUGAAUCUCUUUUUAGAAGGAUUAAUACCAAUGAAGCUCGAAAAAGUAUUCGCAAAUACUUAAACUUGAACAAAUCAAAGACUGAGGAUGCAGGUGCAGAAUUAAGUAGUCCGUCCAAAGAUUUUGCUUCCCUUCACAUAGGAAGACGAAGUAGUUCCUUGGACAGGAGAGGAUGUACAUCUAAUGUAACAGAAUGUAAUACGUCCAAAAAAAGUGGUGCAAAGUAUUACCAAGAUGAUGAAAUUAAAUAUCCAAAUAGUCCUGUUUUAAGUCAUUUAAGACCGUCUACACCAAAAUUAACUAACAGUCCAAUUGUAGCGCGUAAAACAGUUACGAAAAUAGUUAAUUCGCCAGUAUUAGAAAGAACUAAACAUUUAGCAAAAUCUUCUCCUCAAGCUAAAAAUAUUGGGUAUUUUACUUGUGUUGAAAAUAGUCCAUACAUGUUAAGGAAAUCUAAUAGUACCGCAAGUUACCAUGAAGGAAACGUUGGCUUUAAUAAUAAGGAAAUGUUAAUAAAAACUGACAGUGUUCUUCAAAAUAGUCCAAUUCUUCAACGUAACUUAAGUAUCCAAAGAUCAUGUAGUAAUGCAAAUAUUAGAAACAUAAAAUCACAAAGCCAAUCAUCUCGUCGUAGUAGUUUCAAUAGUAGCGAUAUUGAUAAAACAUCUUCAGGAGGAAGAUAUCUCGCUGCUUCUGAUAGCAGUAGCGAGGCCGGUGAACAACAAGCAAAGUCUUCGUUAGUUUCAGUAUCUUCUGGAAUUAAAUUAAACCGAGCUUUUAGUAUCAGAAGAGCUAGAUUAAACUGUGAAUCUGAUACUACACCAAAUACUACACCGGAAGAAAGGCGUAGAAGAGCACAAAGUGAAAUAAAAUCAACAACUACAACAAAACAACAAGGCUAUCAUAGAAGCCGUGCAAGUAAUGUGAAUACACAUAAUAAAGAGUCUGUCAAAAAAUCAGAACUUCCAAAACCUAGAGCUGUAUCAAUAUCAAGAACUGAUAGUACUAGACUGAGUAUGAGAGUGCCAAAAUCAACUCAUCAUGCUUCCGUUGUACAACGUCCUAAUCAAAAAACAACUAAAGAUCAGAAAUCUGGUAGAAGUAAUUCAACAUUAACUUCAAAAGAAGUGGAAUUUCAAAAUUGGAAAAGAAGAAAGAGUUACGAUCCAAUGAAAGCAGCUGCCGAAGGUAGAAAAAAAUUAAUAGAUAAUACAAAAAAGCAUCACAGUACAGAAGAUAGUUCAGGAAAUCAUGAUAAUUCCGUAUUACGAUCGGCAAGUUUUCAUGGAACUGGCGGUGCUCUUUCAUUAACCAGUGAAUGGUCUGACAACGAAUUAAAUAUUGCUCAAAAUGACCGUCACGUACCGCCACCAUGCAGUCCACAGUUGGAAAGCGAUAGUGAUUUAGAAACAUCAUAUUACCUACAAACAACGCAAAAUGUAGUAUCAGCCAUGUCAGCUCGUAUAACUGUCUGUCAUUCGCCUUUAAUAGAUUCAGAUAAUGAAAGCGAUGAGGAUACUAGUCAUAGCCUACAUAAAAGUGUACCAAAAACAUUACAUGAGCAUACUGAUACAGAAAGUAGUGACGAUCGUCAGCCUAAUGUACAGAGUACUGUUCCAAAUACUAAAUACAAUAAAACACUUAGUUUGCGCAGAGCGCGGGUAGAAUUACAACCUUCGAAAUUGUCCACAAAUGUAAAUAAAAAUAGAUCAGUCGUGUAUGAUACCCGAGAUAAAUCUGAACCUACAACAGGUAUUAGUAGAACUGAUUCUGGGCGUUUUAGUAUACGGUCAAGUAGAACCAAUCCAGGAUCUAAAGUAAAACCAAAAGAUGCAAAAAAGUCUACAACGCCUAAUGCAAGGGAGGUCGAAAUGCAAAAUUGGAAACGUCGUAAAAGUUAUGAUCCUAUGAAAGCAGCAAUGGAAGGGAGAAGAAAAGCAGGCUUAGCAAAAAAAAAUGCGAAUGCUAAUCUUUCCCCAAGUAAUGUUGCAAGAUCUCGCAGCUUCCAUGGCUCUUCAGGAUUCAGAGUCAGUGAUUGGAGUGAAGAAGAAUUGGCUAUAUCUGCAGAUGAAACCACAGUUUGUUAAAGGGUCAAGUUAUUGGUAAUACUGUAUAAAUGAAUCUAGUUAUGAGAAUUUUGAUUACAACAAUUAAUGUAUAUAAAGGAUAAGAAAAUAAUUCUUACAGAAUUGCUCCAUAAAUAGUUCUAUACACUUAGAAUUAAAUUAAAUGCAGACGAAUGUUAACAA